ACACAGUUUGGGCAGCCCGGGUGCAGUGUGGGAGCACAGGCUGGGACAUGUGAACUGCUUCUGCAAGACCCCAUGCCCUUUCCAGGGUACCCUGGCUGGCCAGGAUAUGGCCUUGAUCCUGUUCUGAGCACAGCUGUCCUGCUGAAUUACACCCAGCUCCUCACUGGGGCCAGAGAGAGCUCCUGAACUGGUGAAGAAGUGUCUUGGGUCUCAGGGCAUUGAACAUCCCGCGAAGUUUGAAUGGUGAAGGUUUAUCUUUGCACAGGAGGAGAAGAGUGUGAGGCAGGCUCGAGCAGACAAGACCUACUCCUGUGGGCUGCAGAGGGCUUUGGCUAAACCUUCCCAGCUCCAUCCCUUGUGUGCUGCCACCGGGAAAUGAGAGGGGGAGAUGUCGUGUACCCCAAGCCCCGUGUGCUGCCUUUGGGGAGAACGUGGUCCCGGCUGCCGUGGGGGGCUUGGCCGCGCGCGGGGCUCCCCAGCGUGCCUGCAGUGCUUCACCGAGAGGAAUGCCGAAACCAAGGGGCUAAUGAGCACCAGAGAGGGAGGAUCUAUAACUUCCAGAUGGCAACGAGCCCGUAAUCCCUUUGGGAAGAAUUAGGGACUCGUCAGCGCAGCAGAGCCUGCUGAAGGGAGUGAAGCACGACACCUCUGGCUCCAGGAGUGCUGUGAGAGGCUGAGGGCAUCCCAAUGCUGCCAGUGCUGGACACCCUGCCCCGAGCUGCCUGGCUUUGCCUCUCAGAGCUCAGGUGCUGCUGGGAGCCUGUCCCUGAACACUGAAGUAUUUUUUGUUUUAACUGAUUGCAUGUUCUCCAACCAAACCCCAUCUGAGUCCUGCUCCUCCCGACGCAGAAAGGGACUUCUGCGCUUAACAGAAAGACUUCUUCCUUCUGGUUUUUAUGCCCUGUGGGAUUGUAAAGUGUCUUUCUUCCUGGAUUUCAUCUCUCAUCAAAGUGUGUUCUGAGGAAUUAGGGGCUUUUUCCCAUGGCUUUAUAAACCUUUGGGAUCUGAGGGUUUCUACAUUGCCGCUGCUCCCACCUGCCUGCGAUGGGGCGCGAGCAGGAGCUGAUCCAGGCCGUGAAGAACGGGGACAUACCUGGCGUGCAGAAACUGGUGGCCAAGAUCAAGGCGUCCAAGAGCAAGCUCCUGGGAUCUGCCAAGCGCCUGAACGUGAACUACCAGGAUGCAGAUGGGUUCUCAGCACUGCACCACGCAGCCCUGGGUGGCAGCCUGGACCUCAUCUCGCUGCUGCUGGAGGCACAGGCCACUGUCGACAUCAAGGACAGCAAUGGGAUGCGGCCCCUGCACUACGCGGCCUGGCAGGGCCGCCUGGAGCCCGUGCGGGUGCUGCUGCGCGCCGCCGCCUCCGUCAACAUGGCCUCGCUGGACGGGCAGAUCCCGCUGCACCUCUCAGCGCAGUACGGCCACUACGAGGUGUCGGAGAUGCUGCUCCAGCACCAGUCCAACCCGUGCCUCAUCAACAAGGCGAAGAAAACCCCGCUGGACUUGGCCUGCGAGUUCGGGCGGCUGAAGGUGGCUCAGCUGCUGCUCAACAGCCAUCUGUGUGUUGCCCUGCUGGAGGGACAAUCCAAGGAUGCCACUGACCCCAACUACACCACUCCUCUGCACUUGGCAGCCAAGAACGGGCACAAGGAGAUCAUCAGGCAGCUGCUGAAGGCCGGGAUCGAGAUCAACAAGCAGACAAAGACAGGCACAGCCCUUCAUGAGGCCGCUCUCUAUGGCAAAACAGAGGUGGUGCGGCUCCUGCUGGAGGGUGGUGUUGAUGUGAACAUCAGGAACACCUACAACCAGACAGCGCUGGACAUCGUCAACCAGUUCACCACCUCACACGCCAGCAAGGACAUCAAGCAGCUGUUGAGAGAGGCAUCAGGAAUCCUGAAGGUCCGAGCUUUGAAGGAUUUUUGGAACCUCCACGACCCAACUGCUCUUAACGUCCGAGCAGGAGACGUUAUCACGGUCCUGGAGCAGCAUCCCGAUGGCCGAUGGAAGGGGCACAUCCACGACGCCCAGAAAGGCACCGACCGGGUCGGGUACUUCCCGCCCUCCAUUGCUGAAGUCAUCAGCAAGCGGACAGGCAUGGUUGUCCCCCGUGUGGCACCCGUGCAGCAGCGCCAGGGUCCCCCCGGGGCUCUCCCAGCCCCCCCUGGGGGGCUGCAGCACCUCCCCGACGAGUGUCCACACCCGGCAGCCCCGAGUGGCCCAGCGGCCUUUGGUCACCUCACCCUAACCCGGACGGCCCCAGGUCCUGACAGCUCAGCAGGAGACAGGAACAGUGUGGGCAGUGAGGGCAGCAUUGGCAGCAUCCGCAGCGCCGGCAGCGGCCAGAGCACUGAGGGCACCAACGGCCAGAGCACCAGCAUCCUCAUCGAGAAUGCCAGGCCUCUACCCUCCACUGGUGACAACAUCCAGCAACACCUUUUGGGAUCAGAGCCACACAAUGGGACCUCCCCAGCAGGGCCACAGGGAUUCCAGACCCCAGGCAGCUGCCCCCCUGGAGACAGGGUCUUCUCCCACCAGUUCUUACGUCCUGAGCAGCUCCUUGAGGGGAAGGAUGCAGAAGCCAUUUACAACUGGCUGCGUGAGUUCCAGCUGGAGUCGUACACUGUCAACUUCCUGAACGCUGGCUACGACGUCCCCACCAUCAGCCGCAUGACCCCGGAGGAUCUGACAGCCAUUGGCGUGACCAAACCAGGCCACAGGAAAAAGAUCUCCACAGAAAUCGGGCAGCUCAGCAUCGCUGAGUGGCUGCCCAACUACAUCCCGGCUGACCUGAUGGACUGGCUUAGUGCCAUUGGGUUGCCCCAAUACCACAAAAAGCUGGUGAACAAUGGCUAUGAUUCCAUCACCAUCGUGACAGACCUGACCUGGGAGGAUCUGCAAGAGAUUGGCAUCAACAAGCUGGGCCACCAGAAGAAGAUCAUGUUGGCUGUCAAGAAGCUCAGAGACCUCCGCAAAAGCCUCAACCAAGCAGAAGCAACUCUGGCUAGACGCAAAGUCCCCGGUUCCCUGGACAUUGUCACCAUUGAGUCCCUGGAGAAUGGGGAGUGCCAGUCCCCACACACACCCAAAAUGACAACCUUCCAGGACAGUGAGCUCAGCUAUGAGCUGCAGACAGCCAUGUCCAACAGCUGCCACGACACGCUCGGCAUCAAGAGCAGCCAGGGAAUGUCACGGAGCCAGGAGAGCAUCGGGGUGCGCUCGCGGGGCUCGGGGCACUCUCAGGACAACGUGCUGUCCCGGCGCCUCUCCAGCCCCUCGCAGGAGAGCCUGGGCAGCGGCGAGAGCAGCAGCAGCAGUGGCCAGUCCUGUGCCCCUCCCCGCAGCAAGGAGAGCCCGGCCAGCCUGCCCAGCCCCGAGCCCUAUGGGAAACUCGUGUCCCCCGAGGGGCUGAACGGCUUUGCCAACGGCGCUGGGGGCAGCCCUCUCAAGGAGAGGAACCUGCCCGAAGGCACGGAUCAGUACACACGGCCUGUGGCUCAGAAAGGAGCCGGGACGCCAGCAGUUACUCCCUGUACUCCUCCCCAGACUCCCUGCAAGGGAACAGCCCCCUACGUCUUCAUGUACCCACACGUCUCCCUGAAAUCCCCAACGGCCCCGUCUGUCCUGGGAGCAGAGCAGCCCAAGGCACACCCAUACCCCUCUGUCUCCCCUGGACAGAAGAGCAGCCUGCAGACAUCAGCCCAAAAGGGCUUCUCCUACCUGCACAGCCAGUGCAGCCCCACGGAGCCACCCAGCACAGCCCCCACGGCCGGGGAGCAGCACAACGGGGGCGAAGGCUUGAAGCACAAGAAGCGCUCGCACAGCCUGAACCGCUACGCGCUGUCGGAUGGCGAGCACGAGGAGGAGGAGGGGGCCCCCAGCAGCACCCUGGGCUCCUACGCCACGCUGACACGGCGGCCGGGCCGCAGCCAGAUGCCGCGGGCCUGCGCGCAGGCGGAUGCCAAGGUGACCCGCAGCCAGUCCUUCGCCAUCCGGGCCAAGCGCAAGGGCCCUCCGCCGCCGCCCCCCAAGCGCCUCAGCUCCGUGUCCAGCGCCCUCGCUGCUGAGGCGGACGGCGAGCAGCCCCCCAGCCCUGAGCGCCAGCCCACAGCCACUCAGGAUGUGGCUGACGCAGGUGCCACCCCCAGUGAUGCCGGCCGUGGCAGGACAGUGAAGAGCCUGGCGGCUGCGCUGGAGGGAACAUCCCUGAGUCCGUCCAAGCCCCUCCUGGCCCCAAAACCGCUGCACCUGACUCAGGACUGUGUCCCCCGGGCAGAUGUGGGUGGGGGGUCCCACAAUGGCAGUGAUGCCAGCAGUGCCACAGUCUCCGAUGGCAGCAGGGACCCCUUUGAGAGCAGCAAGCCACGGAGGCGGACAGUGAGUGAGCCCAGCGCUCCUAUGACAGAGGUGGCUGCACAGGGUGAGCAGGAGGAUGCCUGCUCAGACACAGAGGAGGAGGCCAAGCCAGGGGUCUCCUCUUCAUCGUCCCAGAACAGCUCCAGUGAGUGCAUCCCCUUUGCAGAAGAAGGCAAUUUAACCAUCAAACAGCGGCCAAAGCCCAGCGGCCAUUCCAAGGCCGAGGCAGCCGUGCCGGACACGGAGCCUGGUUCCCAGCCGGCAGAGCCCCAGGGCUCCUCUGGGAAGGAGCCGGCAGCCCCCGCUGUGCCCAAGGAGCCGCCCGUGCUGGAGUUCAACCUGACCGAGUCGGACACGGUGAAGCGCCGGCCGCGCUUCAGGGAGCGGGAGCCGCUGCAGGCGGUGCUGAAGGCGUUCAGCAUGGCGGGGCAGGCGGAGCCGGGGGGCAGCCCCACACCCCAGUACGCACAGGCCCAGGCUGUGAGCAUCGCAGGCCCCCCCGCCCCAGCACUGGCACCGCGGCCCGCGCUGGCUGGGGAUGCCUUCGACGAUGACAGCGUGGAGUUCAGGAUUGCCGAGAUAGAGAAAAGCAUCUUGUCGCUGGAGAAAGGCAUGAAGAAGGCCCCAAGCCCCACCAAAGCCCCCAGCCCCACAGAGCUGGUAGGCACGGCUGUAGUGAGGACACCCACGCCAGGUAUGUCCGUCUCCAAGGUGGUGGUGGGGCUCCCUCCCGUGUUGGUGUGGGAGGUGAGGAGUUCCUGUGCCACCACCUACCAUGAGUCCCCUCCCUUUGCAGAUGUCCCUGCCAAGCACACCUCUGUGGCAUCCACCAAGCUCGUCUUCUCUGGACCCAAGACCAUCUACCAGCAGGUCCUGCAGCCCUCCCGCCACACCGUUGCUCCCUGGGCGGCCACCGAGGCGGUGCCGGAUGUGAUUGGGUCCCUGCCCAGUCCCAGCUCUCUGAUGCUGGAAACGGGCAGCAAGAUCUCAGCAAAGCCUUUGGCAGCUGCCCCAGGGGCCACCCUAGCCCAGCAGCGGCAGGAGCAGAGCAGCUCCAGCCUGGCUGCCACGCUGCAGGUGGCCGAGAAGAAGAUCACUGUGGAGGAGGCAGAGAGCCACCCUGGGACCAUGCACUCGGCCAAGAACAUCUUGGAAGACAUCAGCAACAUGUUUGACGACCUGGCUGACCAGCUGGAUGCAAUGCUGGACUGAGGCUUGCUCCCUCCUUCCCCUCCCCGCGUCCGGCCGCUCCACCAGUGCCCCUGGUGAUGGGGGAGAGCGGAUCCGGCACCAGCGGUGCCUGCAGGUCUCUGCAGCCGCCUCCUCCCCACGCUCUGCACUGCGGCUGGGAACAAAGCUGCUCUCCCUGCCCACCCCUGGCUCCGUGUCACAUCUGACAGCGUGGCCUUGGGCCGGUUUCCGAGGGGUCAGGCAUUUCCCACCAGACUGGCAGCAGGAGGAGGGCCCAGAGGGGCUGCACAUACAGCCCUGGAGGCCAUGGAGAAGCCCUUGCUCCCUUGCACACAGCUGAGGAGCCUCCAAAGGGACUUUUCUCUUUCCCCACUGCAUUGUCGAGUCCUGCCUCUUAUUAUUUAUCCCCUGCCAACAAUGUGUCACAGGAGAGACCUCCCCGGGCAGCCAGCACCGAGCUGGCGAUUCACUGUGCAGCCACAGCCCUGGCCAGGCCCGACAGCAGCUCAAAGAAGACGGGGUUGUCGCAGUUUGGCAGCUUGCAGAGCGAGGAGGAACCUUUCUGCUUUAUUUGCCGCUUUUCCAAACGCCUCAGCCUCGGGCAGCGUGAAAUCCGAGUGGAUGGAAAUCCCUGCACAGACCCCUCGAGGUGGGGCUGGCCCAGCCUGCAGAGCAGGGGAUGUUCUGCCACAGCCCUGCCGGACACGGGAGCCUUCCUGCCCCUUCCCAGAGCGAUCAGGAUGGUGAUGGCAGUGCCAAAAACCUGGGAAUUUGGGCCAGUCCGUCUGGAUCAUGCUGCUCAAUGGAGUUUGCCCUCUGCCAACACUGUGCCUGUGCAAACCCCCACCCUGCUCCUUCCAGAGUACAGCAGCAGCAGCAUGAUUAACAGUUUUAAAAUUUUUUUUCUCCCCUCCCUUAUCCCUUUUUUUGGGAGAAAACAUUCCCUUUUGGCAGUGCCCCUCCCUGUGGGGAGCUGCUGGCACAAACCCCGCCGUGAGCAUUGUUCAACAGUAGCAGUUUGGGAGUGAUCCUCGCUCACAGCUCUGCAGCCCGGCGGGGGAGCUGACCCCGGCUGCACCGGGAAUUCGGCUGGGGAGCAGCUCCUGCCUGCUGGAUGCAGCCACAGCCCCUGGCUGCAGUGAGAGCUCUCUGCAUCCAGGCAGGAGUAGCGGCUGCAUGGCUCCCAGACAGAUUUCUCUCGCAGGAUCUGCUCACUAGUGCAUGGCUAAAUAUGUCCAAGAGCCCGGAACUUGGCUCGUGUUCGGCAUGCCAAGCAAAUGAAAGCAUCGGAGCACCAGAAGGGAACCAAAGAUUGUGCUGAAGUGCCAUUUGCUACGAAAAUUUCAAACAAAGGGAAAGAAAAUUCUGCAUAUUUCCCUUUAAAAAAAAAAAAUUAAAAUCACCAAUGCAAAACCAAACUGGAGGGAGAAGGUGGCUGAGAAGGCAGCUGUUUCCCAAUCCUUUGGGAGUUUGCAGCUGGGUUGGAUUGUUUGCAGCCCCUGUGCUGUUGCAUAGGAAGGGGAGCAAAGCCCACCUGAACAUUCCUGCAGGUCUCUGCUCCUGAGGGCAGCUAUGCCGUGGGCUGGGCAGGCAAGAGGUGCCAGCCUCGUUUCUGGGCUGAAAAGCAAAGACAAAAAACCCUGAAAAAACCUAAAAUCCCAUCAUUGUCCAGGACUUGAGGUCAGUGUGAGGAGGGUAAGGACACUUCUCCCCUGGCUCUGAUUUCUGUCCCACACUGAGUGUAUCCACUGCCUGUGUCUGAGUGCCACAUCAUGGACAUGAUGUUUUUAAAUAGCUACAACCAGUGGCACUUUACAAAGAGGUUCAGAGAAACCUUUUAAAGCUGAUUUUUACUCUCACAAGUCAACCUGGGACAAGCCCAGUUAUUUUUUUUCAUAUGUUGAUAAACUGUAAAUGUUUUGUUUUUUUUUAAAGGCCAAUGUAUAUAUUUAAAAUGUGAUUUAUUCUAUAUAUUUACUAACCAGAACUGCAAGUCUUGGGUCAGGGAUAAGAGGACAUUGGGGUGGAGCUGCCGCUGUCUGAGCCACCUGAGGGCAGCAGAACGCUGCUCUCAUUGUCAAUAAGGGAACUAAACAUUUGAUUUUGCAGAAGAAUGCCUAUUUUUUGAGCUCUAGAUCUCUAUUUUGAAGCUACUGUAUGGUGUGUAAGUUAUGUACACUGCAACUGGGACUAACUGACCCCAGCUGCACCUGCUCCGUGCAGCUAGACAGUGAGGGGAAAAAAUAGCCCAUGUAAUCACCAGACUGACAACAGAUUUUAAACCAUCUGCUCUGUUUGUGUUAAUCAUGUGUUUUGUUUUCCACUAACAUCCAUUAAGACUAAGUUCUAUUAAACAGUGGGGCAUAUUUUACCCUUUUGAUA